UAACCUAAAUCAUUAAUUAAACAAACCAAAUCAGCUUCGUGGACUUUAUUAACUUGGUACCUUCUUUCAAAUAGAUACAAGUCUGGAAAGAAAACAGUGUUCUUGUACGACUUCUAAUUUCAAAACAUAUCCGAACUUGCGCUUUAAAAUAUGAUAGAAUGGAAUCAAAAAACAACAACUUUGCAGAAGAAACUAAUAGCGGAGUUGCAUUUAGAAAACCAAGUUUUAUCGGCUCGAAAAAAUGUCUUAAGGUAAAAACUAAGGAGGCAAGUGUAAAGAAUAAGCCUGCUGCUCUUCCUUCGUCAUCGAAUUGUAAAGCAAACAUAGAACCAUUAGAUAAUUCAGCACCACAGAGGGAUAAUACAUCACAACCUUUACCUUAUAAAGAGCCUGUAUGGUCAGGGUUACCUGUUUCAAAUGGCAAGCCAUACAUAUUUGAGGUAUUGAAAAAUGGAGCAAUAAUAGACACUGUCAAUCUUAUGGACAAAUCUUUCUGGGUAUUUGGACGAUUGCCGAAUUGUGAUAUCUGUAUGCAGCAUCCAACAAUUUCAAGAUACCAUGCCAUUUUGCAGUACAGGAGUGUUAGUACUGAAAAAGAUAAUUCUGGAUUUUACAUUUAUGACCUUGAAAGUACUCAUGGUACCUUCUUAAAUACUAAAGCUAAUAAACUGAAGGCAAGGAUUUACACUAGGGUGCAGGUCGGGCAUAUAUUAAGAUUAGGUUGUAGCCAAAGGUCCUAUAUUUUAACAGGUCCAGAUGAUGAUCAGGAGGAGGAGUCCAAAUUAUCAGUCACAGAAUUAAAACAGUUGAAGGAAGAAAAAAUCAAACAACAAAAAGAGGAAUAUGAAAAUGCUAAAAGAUUAGAGGAGGACAGAAGAAAAAAAGAAGAUGAGAGGGGAGUGGAUUGGGGAUUGGGUGAGGAUGCUGAUGAAAGUGUAGAUGUUACGGAAAAUCCUUAUGCUCAAACUAAUAAUGAAGAACUCUACUUGGAUGAUCCCAAAAAAGCUCUCAGAGGAUUUUUUGAGCGUGAGGGUUUUGACUUGGAGUAUGAAUGUACUGAACAAGGUAUGGGUCAAUUUCUUUGUAAGGUGGAAUUACCUUUGGAUGAUGAUACUGGAAGACCUAUCAUGGUGGAGGUGCUACAUCGGGGAAAGAAGAAAGAAGCAGUAAUUCAGUGUGCUCUAGAAGCAUGUCGGACUUUGGAUAGAUAUGGAGUAUUGAGAAAGGCUAGUCACGAGUCUCGGAAAAGGAAAUCGAAAAAUUGGGAAGAAAAUGACUACUAUGAUAGUGAUGAUGAUACUUUUCUGGACAGGACUGGCACUGUUGAGAAAAAGAGGGAGAUGAGGAUGAUGGCUAAAGUGCCUCAAAAGGCAGAAACCUAUGAAAGUUUACUUCAGAAGGAGAAUAAUAUUAGAACUGCAAUAGCUGAAAAAGAAGGAUUUUUAACUGUAGCCCAAGAAAAGGAAGAUAGUACCAUUAAUCAGGAAAAUGAAGAAGAUUCUUUGGAUACCUACAUGAAGCGAUUAUCAGAACCCAAACUUGACAAACAAAAAAUAUCUAAAAUUAAACUAGAUCUAGCUAGUUUAAGAAGGGAGCACACUAAUGUUAUAAGAUUAUUAAAUCUAGCAAAACCAGCAGCAAUUCCAUCAUUCCUACAGUCUGGCUCUGACAGUCGAUCAAAAUAUACUUUUCCAGUAGUGGGCAAACAACCAAAAAAGCAGUUAAGGUUGCCCAAAGAGCUAGAAACUUCAAAGUCAUUGGACCAGGUUGACCCAAAUCAAGAUGAAGAACGGGAGGAGGAGUCUGAACCUGUGGCCACUUUGAACCAAAGCAUUUGUUCUAAAGAAGGUAACUGUGAGAAAGACCAUGGUCUUCAGGAUUUAGGUGACCAGUCAGAUGAUGUUAAAGAGAUAGCGGAACCAGUACCGCAGAUUCAGGAAGAAUUUGGCAGUAAGAAUGAAAAGCUUCCUGAUGCAUUUCUACAUUAUUUGUCCCAUUUAUUCCGGUUGGUACAGUCUGAUGGAGAUAUUUUACUAUUGAAAUCUACUAUUAAUACCAACUCAGAAACUGAGGAAGAUGGAGACCUCUCUUAUUUGAUGAGAACAAAUCCUGUGAUUAUGUUUUAUGCACAUUUCAAACAUAUUCUUAAUAAUUCUGCUUCAUUACUUUCAAAGGAACAUAAAGCAAGACUUGACAUCAAUGUUGACAUGUUGAAGUAUUUGGUAUCGAGUGAGUUAUCCACAGAAAUUGAUUGGAAAACAUUGCUGUCAAAAAAGCGUAAAAUUUGUAAGCUUAUUUCCCGAAUAAAAGAUGAUGCUGAUGACUCUAAGUUGCAAUUUCAAAUUAUGUCUGAACUUGAAAAAGCAAUUGAAGAGGUCGAAGAUUAUCGCGAAAAGAACAGACACGUUCUCGAGGAACUCAGGCGAAUCCGAAUUGAUUUUGUCGAUAUUUUGGGCUCCGAGUCUAGAAAGAGAAGCCCGAUAGGGGAAGCGUCCAGUAGUAACUUAAACAAAAAACAAAAGAAAGCUGAGUUAGAGAAGCAAAGGGGUUACAAAGAAGAUUCCACCAGGGAAAACUACUCAAUGUGGGUGCCUCCGAAUAAUCAGUCUGGCGACGGAAGGACCAGCUUAAAUGAAAAGUAUGGUUAUUAAAGCAUUAAAGUGAUUGGUAAUUUCACGUUUAUGCCUUUUUAUUUAUAAGCAGUUCAAUGUAAUUAAGUGGUUUUUGUCUUUUUAUAUUAUUUGUUCCUGCUCUUCCAAGAAAUUGUAGAAUGAACUAAUUUUCCAUUAAUACAUAGUAUUAAUGAAGUUCUGUGAAUAUUUGUAAUUAGAGAAUAGUUAAUAUACCUAAAGUGUUUUAUAUAAAUCUAAAAAAAUGUAUUAAUUUGGAUGGCAACAUUGUUAUGACAAUAUAAUAGAUGGAAUCAUUGCAUAAUAGUUUGUAAAACAGCGUUAUUAUUGACAAUGAGUUUAUUUAUUUAUUUUUUUCUUAAUGUUUGGUCUCUUCACAAAAAUCCGAUUUUUCGAUAUAGGAAUGAUUAGAGUAUAUUCCGGCCAAAUUUCAACCUGCUGCGAUGAUAAAUAAACCAGUUAUAAAAAUUUAAAAGUUUAUUAUCUAUGUUUUAGCCGGUUUUUCUGGGUCAAAAUAAGAGUUCGGGGGAAUUUCUCGAAAGUGGCUAAAACUUUGUAUAAGGGGGUUUUCGAGGGUGACGAAUCACUAUCAUUUGAGUUUAUAUAUAUGCCAGAAAUACCUUGUGAAGGAAGAAUUAAGACGGGCAAAAAUUACACUUUAAAAAUAAUUUUUUCUUAUUAAAAACAAGGUGUCUUUUUAAUUUUUUUAAUCCUUUUUCUCUAUGAAAAAUAUUUUGUAAAGACUUUUUAGAUAAAUUAAAAUAUUAAUAAAAACUAUAUAUAUGAAGUGAUAAUUUAUCCCAAAAGUAUUUUUAUAACAUUAACUAAUAAGUUAAAGAAAAAAUAAUUUAGAAACUGCUGGUUAGAAAAAAGGUUUUAGUAUAAACCUUUAACCAGUGUCAUUAAAGGUUGGACCGAUAGACAAGGCUUUGAGGAUUUAUUGGACUUGCCUAAUCUUCAUUGGUUUACGCGAAAUGGUCCUCUAAAACAACGAAGGGAUGCGAGCAAAAUCUUCGACCAGCAUAUCUAAAAAUAUACUUUUAAAAAUUGACACUAAUAUGAAUUUGGCCACAGCAUUACACUGUGGUAAUGUGUAAAGCAAACUUCACAUAAUUUACAGUGAACAUAUAUACACAAACAUAUUUUUUUCUCAUUAGGUAUAGAGGGUGCGUCAUUUUUUUGUAGUCGGCCUUUAUAUAACGGCUUAAAGAAAAAUUUUAUAUAAACAUGUAUUCGUGGGAGCUUGGUUUCCGGAGGUAUCAAGGUGUUGUUGCUUUUUAAAAAUCUUUUAAAAUAAUUAUUUCAAAUUUGGUGCCCCGAUUAUACUUCAAUAACUACUCAUUUUAGGUUAUUAAGCAUUUUUGAAUUGGUUUAUUUUAUCGUCUCGCACUUUUGCGUGCCGCUUUCUAGUUAAUAGAGUCUUUGUUUAAUUUGUUUUUUUUUCAUGUUUUUCGUAACCUGUCACUACCUAUAUCGAAACAAAUGUGCACAAUUAUUUUUGUUACUUGCUGUAUUUUUUGUAUAAAAUUUGGCAUACCCGAAAAUGUGUGUCUAAUUAACUAUACACUUUGUCCAAUAUAAAGAUAGAAUAGCAUGGGGAGGCCGGGGUCGGUUAAAUUGGGAAUGUUUUAAAGAAUCCCAGCGUGCAAAGUUGGAUUUUAUAUUUUUGUCUGUAAAGCCAUAAAGGAAAACAGAUUUUUUUGUCUGAAAAUAAUAUACUGUUAGCUGUAAUCGAAGACCCUACAAUAACGAUUAGGAACAUAGAACACGUAAGUGGAAAGAAUCUACAGCGUAAGAACAAAUAUCGUGCAUACAAAUUUUAUAUCUGUCAAGGAUUGGCGACAACAUAAAGCCUUUUGUGAGCGGUACAGCAGAAAAUGUCAAGACGGCGAAAAUUUUGCUAAUGAAAUGUUAUUUUCGGAUGAAAUUAUCUUAACGAACAACGGAAUCUUCAACAGACGAAAUGCACAUUAUUGGUCACUACAAAAUCCGCCUUUGUAAGUACUGUAUAGUUGACAACGCCGUUUGGGUUUCAACAUGUGGGCGGGACUUUUGGGAACAAGGAUAAUUGGGCCAUUUUUUAUCACUAACUACAUGAUUUGGAGGAAUAGUUUGCUACUGAAUUACCGUUAUUGGAGGUCAAUAAUAUUGAUUUGAAGAAUAUGAGGCCCCCCUCACAAACUAUGUGUACCAAUUAUUGUUUAUUGAUUCCAAUGUAAUUAGUAAAUAAAUUCAAGUUAUUUCCAUGCAAUUAGUGAGUUAA